GGUUCCAAGUACAAAAACCGCCACCAGUCUGGUUCUUCUGAUUCCAUUGCAAUCAAUCUUCUCCACCCCAGUGAAUUUUUGUUGCGAUCCCUAGCAAUCCCCGUCUCGCUCACAGAAUCCGUUUCUCAAAUCCGGCGGAGAAGUCAGUCGAUGGGGUCGGCGGCGGGCACCUGCGAGAUCGCGCGCCUCCCGGAGGACCUCCUCUCGGCGGCGCUCGCCCUCACCACGCCGCGAGACGCCUGCCGCGCCGCUGCCGUCUCCCGCGCCUUCCGCGACGCCGCCGGAUCCUAUGCCGUAUGGACCCGCUUCGUCCCCCGGGACCUCCCGCCGGUCGCUGACGGGGAGCUCGCCGGCCCCGCGCCGCCUUCCAAGAAGGAGCGGUUCCUUCGCCUCUCCGACUGCCGUUGCCCCGUCUUACUCGCCGAUGGCCUCAGGAUACAGCCGGUUCCCAAAAAUCCUCUACUGGCCUAUGGCCUCAAGGCCUGUUGCUGUGUUCAGAGCAUGUGGUUGGACAGGGGGAGCGGCGCCAAGUGCUACAUGCUGCUAGAGCGGGGCCUGCACAUCUCGUGGGGCUGCACGCCAUGCUACUGGCACUGGAUGAAUCUCCCUGACUCCAGGUUUGAAGUUGCUGAACUCAUGUCGGUUUGCUGGUUUGAAAUACGUGGCAAGAUACACAGCAAAAUGCUUUCUCGAGACACAGCUUAUGCAGCUUACAUUGUGUUCAAGAUACCCUUUGGAUCCUAUGGGCUGGAUUAUCCACCCCAGAAGGCAUCAAUUGACACGGUUGCAGGAAAGAAAAUAAUUCGCAAAGUCUGCCUCAAAAGCUAUGAAGGUAGGCAUGUGAACCGUCAGGUCACAGUGCCCUUGGCGCCAGAAUACAACAAGAGCUACCGGCUUGGGCAUGGUAGAAACCCGGUGCUCCCUAAGGAAAGGACCGAUGGUUGGAUGGAGUUGGAGAUGGGCGUGUUCUACAACAAGGAAGGUGAUGAUGGCGAGGUGCGCUUUAGCCUCCUGCAGACAUCAGGUACUUCGAAGGAGGGUCUCAUUGUUCAGGGCAUUGAGAUUAGACCCAAGAAACUAGGCUAAGGGUUUGUACUGUUACGGUCAAAGACUCAUGAGGAUGCACAUUCAUCGUUAUGAGUCUUUGACCAAACAGUACAAAUCAUUUGCCAUGCUAUGGGUACAAUAAGUUUAGUACCUUGUUAUACCACCGGAUGUCUAAUGGAUUCAACAUGAGGUGAAAUGAGGGGUAGCUAGGAUGACUAGUACCUCUGGGCUCACUAUCUAACCGUUCAUAGACGGUUUGGCCGGACUCGGAAACGGUUGAGGCUCGAGUUAUGCCUUAUGUACCAACGGGUUAUAUGGGUUGUGACCGUUGUCUUUGAUGAGAAAAACUUGUACCGAAAAACUCAUACCCCUUUGCAAAGAUUUGAAUUUACCUCU